ACGACUAUACCGACCAAAUACCGACGCAAAAUAUUACCGACGGAAUACCGAAAGAUCACCGACGGAAUUCCGACAUAAUUUUUUUUGUCACUGCAAUUCGUCACUAAAUUUGGCGGGUGAAAUGGCGCCUCAUUUUUCCGACGGGUUUCCGACGGAUUGCCGACGAACGCCUGACAAAAUACCGACGAUAUCAUUUAUGUCGUAUAUUUUGUUGGUAAAUUUCGCGGGUCAAAAUGGCGCCUUUACUUUCCAACAGAUUACCGACGAUCUUCCAACAUAAUACCGACGAUAGCUUUUAUGUCGUAAAAUUUGUCGGUAAAUUUCGCGGGGCCAAAUGGCGCCUUUAAUUUCCGACAGAUUACCGACGCAUUAUAUUUGUGGUUGUCUAUUUUACCAAAAUUCCUUACAAAAACGUUGGAUUACAGACGAAUUGCCGAUGGUUUAUUGUUGUCGGUGGGGAUUUCACUAUUUAAACGCUGCGUUUUCAGGGUUUAUUUAUUACCGACUGAUUUUUGCCGUCGGUAAUCUGUAGGUGUUAUGUAAAAAAAAGUAAAACGCAGCGUUGCUAUAGUUCGGUGGUUUCAAAAACCAAAACUUUCACUGAACGUGGGAUUGUGCUUCUUUUUUCUCUUUACCUCAAUAGGAGUUUUAGGUGUUCUCUCCAACCUACGUGAAGAUUGAUUCCUAAAGGGAUUAGAGAAGGGUUUCGUUGGUUGUCGCUGCUCCCCGGAUAGUUGCUGCCGCCUUUCUCGCUGCUCCUUUAAUUGUUUCUGCCUCCGCUAUUAUUUUCCUCUAAGAGCUGCUGUUGCCGCUCUGUCAUCGGCCGCUUCCUUUCAUCCAAAGUAUUCUUUGGAUCAUUCUGCCGUAGUUGCUACUGCUAUCAUCAUUUUGUCAUCUUACUAUUGUUACUUCAAUCAAAAGACAUGCGAGGUGGAUCCAAUGCAAUGGCAGGACGAGGUAGAGGGAGAGGGGGAGGAGGUGCACCUCCCGACCCGCCUAUCCAGCCAGAUGUUCAUGCAAUGGCAGGACGAGGUAGAGGGAGAGGGGGAGGUGCACCUCCCGACCCGCCUAUCCAGCCAGAUGUUCAUGCAGAGGAGGCGAUUCUUCCUAUUUGCACUAUCUCACUUGAUGGGAAAAGAUUGGAGGGCCCCUCAGAUAAGGUGUCAGCUGCUAUUGGCACUAUUUUUAGAAAGCAAUGGUUCACCAGCGGAUAUCAAUGGCCAAAUUUAAGCGAUGCUGAGAAGGCUGUAUAUUUUGAGGAAUUCAAGAAAGUUUACAUGUGGACAGAAUCUGAGGAAGCAGUGCGGAAAAUUUUUUACAGACAUGCUUCGCGCCGUUAUUCAGAUACAAUAUCUGACAUGAAGAAGAAAUGGCGGACUAAACAAAUUAAGCCCAGGCAUGUCGGUGAUGAAGUUUGGAAUGAAUGGGUGAAGGCAUGGGAUGUAGAGGAAUAUAAAAACCGGUGUGAGCAAAAUAGAAAGAAUAGGCUAAGUGAACGUGUGCCUGGAGCUGGGCCAUCUACCCACGCAGGGGGAUCUCGAUCUAUGACACAACUGAAAAGAAUUUUGACGGAAAAAGAGGGUCGCGAGCCUACUGCACCAGAGCUUUUUUUGUAUACCCAUACAAAGGAUCAUGACGGUAUAACAUUCAUUGAUCAGAAGUCAGCGCAUGCUUAUGCUCGCUUCCAAGCGAUGGUUUCAUCUAUUCGGGCAGCUGCUUCUCAGUCAGUCGAUGGUGAGAGUAGUAGUUCUCCAACACUUCCGAUAGAUGAAAAUAUGAUAUGGCUAGAGGCUGAGGGAAGCAAGCAAAGAGUCAUAGCAUUGGCUCAUCUGCAUCAUCUUUUUACUCUAGCACAUCGUCGUCGUCAUCAGCUACGACCAGUCCUAAUGCUGAUUAUAUUCAUGUGUUGCGAAAGCUGUUGGAAUCCCAUCGUCUACUCCAACAUCAAUUUCAGUUUGCAAUGGACUAUUUACGAGAGCAUGGCCUAGAGGUUCCUGUCUUACCUACUGUAGUGCCAUCGGCGUCACCGUCACACGAUGAUUUGGAUGAUGACAUGGCUUUAGACGAUGAUUAAACUGGUCUAUUUAAAUUUUUAUAGUUGCGUUAGAACUUUGUAGUUGACGUUUCUCAAACAAUGUAGGAUUUUAAUUUUGUAGUAAUCAAAAUCGGAUUAUUAGCA